GAUUUCAAUUAUUAUUCGUACGCCGCGCAUAACCUAGCCAUAAUUAAAACGAUGAUAGUUUGCAGUUUUCGCGUUGGAUAAAAUGUUGCUCCCUUCUUAUGUGUUGGACACACGUCACUCCUUAGUUUGUAUUUGAUAGUUGUUUUGGAACGUUAUGCCAUUAUAGAUUGGUGCCACUUGAACAUUUUACCCACAUUGUUGUAUUGAUUAUCCUCUUUCACCAUGGGAUUCAAAAUUUUGGAAUAUCUGCAGCCCUUCUGCUCAUUUUUGCCUGAGGUCUCAAAGCCAGAACGAAAGAUUCAAUUCAGAGAGAAAGUGCUAUGGACUGCCAUAACACUUUUCAUCUUCCUGGUGUGUUGUCAGAUUCCCCUUUUCGGUAUUAUGUCAUCUGAAUCCGCAGAUCCUUUCUACUGGUUGAGAGUUAUUAUGGCUUCUAAUAGAGGAACUCUUAUGGAGUUAGGAAUUUCACCCAUCGUAACAUCAGGUCUUAUUAUGCAGCUUCUUGCUGGAACUAAGAUUAUUGAAGUAGGUGAUUCUGUCAAGGAUCGGGCCCUCUUCAACGGAGCUCAAAAACUGUUCGGUAUGCUGAUAACAGUAUGUCAAGCUAUUGUGUACGUUGUUACUGGUAUGUAUGGUGAGCCCGCUGAUCUCGGAAUGGGAAUCUGUCUGCUUAUCAUUAUCCAGCUCCUCUGUGCCGGACUUAUCGUCCUUCUUCUGGAUGAACUUCUGCAGAAAGGAUACGGUCUCGGAUCUGGUAUUUCUCUGUUUAUCGCUACCAACAUCUGCGAAACUAUCGUCUGGAAGGCGUUCUCACCUGCCACAAUCAACACUGGUAAAGGUACCGAAUUCGAAGGAGCAGUCAUUGCCCUCUUCCAUUUGCUCGCUACCAGGACUGACAAAGUAAGAGGCCUCCGUGAAGCUUUCUACAGACAAAACCUGCCCAACUUGAUGAACCUGAUGGCAACCGUCGCUGUCUUCCUUAUCGUCAUCUACUUCCAAGGUUUCCGAGUGGAUCUACCAAUCAAGUCAGCCCGUUAUCGAGGUCAGUACUCCAGCUACCCCAUCAAGUUGUUCUACACAUCCAACAUCCCCAUCAUCCUUCAGUCUGCUCUUGUCUCUAACAUCUACUUCCUGUCUCAGAUCCUGUCCUCGAAGUUUGCUGGAAAUGUAUUUGUCAACCUCAUCGGAACCUGGGCGGAAAGUGGUUAUCAGAGAUAUCCUAUUGGAGGUUUGUGUUACUACCUGUCCCCUCCUGAGACGAUAGGUCAUAUCAUAACCGAUCCGAUACACGCUAUCAUCUACAUUAUCUUCAUGCUGGGAUCUUGUGCCUUCCUCUCCAAAACCUGGAUUGACGUCAGCGGAUCCUCCGCUAAGGACGUAGCAAGGCAGCUGAGAGACCAGCAGAUGUUGAUGAGAGGACAUCGUGAGAAGAGCAUGGUUCACGAACUCAACAGAUACAUCCCCACUGCUGCUGCAUUCGGUGGUCUCUGUAUUGGAGCUCUCUCAGUACUCGCUGACUUCUUAGGUGCUAUCGGAUCUGGAACUGGAAUUCUGUUGGCAGUUACAAUCAUCUACCAAUACUUCGAGAUAUUCGUAAAGGAGCAGAGCGAAAUGGGAGGAAUGAGCACGCUAUUCUUCUAGACUCACUUUUUUAGAUCACCACACCCACAUCAGUUGCGCUAUCCAACUAACUCGAACUUAGAUCUCCAAAAUACUUAGUCGUUAGCCGUCCGUUUGAGAUUGUGGUUUGUUUUAAUAAGAACUUUUUAACUUAAUUUGAUGGGUUUUACAUCGAGUUGUUGGAUAUGAUCGAAAAAUAAGCUCUGAUUCCAUUGGCCUACCUGCUGGAUCAUGUUAUUUUUGUAGGCGCUGUAAAAUAUUCUGUAUUAUGACACGUUAUUAUUGGUAUUAUUUUUAUUUGUUAUUCCUCAAGUUGUUACAAACGCGUGAGUGAUACAGAAUUAAUGAGUCGACGAAAGCUUUGAAGGAAGAUUGAUAUUUUAACCAUCUUUGUGAUGGGGCCGUCUUGUGUGUACCGGUGUUACGUAUACAAUUAUCAAAUUAUGUUUUAAGAUUAAACGAAACAAUCAA